GUGGAGGAUGGGGCUUCUCCGUUCUAGAUAUUUCUGGGAUUGGAGACUGUUUGCUAGAGGAGAGACUCCAGCUCCUCCGGCAGCCAGUUUGGGAGCGGCAAAGUAAAAUGUACAGCGACAGACAGACGUUCCAGCCACCUCUCCGCCGCCCGGAGAUCCUGGAGCUGCUUUCAGGCCAACUCCAGUUUCCCAGCUGGUGCCUCUGAACGCGCUGGACUGCGCGAGCCGGGGGAGCGCCUGAAAGCUGCUCCUCAGAGAUACCUUCGCCGAAGCAGUAAGAACUUCCUGCUUGGGUGCCUGCAUUCCCUUCCUCCGAAACUUCCCAGGAGAAGGGGGCGGGGGGGAAGACCACAGGGGAAGGGGCGAGGCGGAUCUUCGCGCUGCUUUUUCUUCCCUCCCCGUUCCCGCACCGGCGCGCAGGCAUGGAUGUGCUCAGCCCUGGUCAGGGCAACAACACCACAUCACCACCGGGUCCCUUUGAGACCAGCGGCAACACUACUGGUAUCUCCGACGUGACCAGCUACCAAGUGAUCACCUCUCUGCUGCUGGGCACGCUCAUCUUCUGCGCGGUGCUGGGCAAUGCGUGCGUGGUGGCUGCCAUCGCCUUGGAGCGCUCCCUGCAGAACGUGGCCAAUUAUCUUAUUGGCUCUUUGGCGGUCACCGACCUCAUGGUGUCGGUGUUAGUGCUGCCCAUGGCCGCGCUGUAUCAGGUGCUCAACAAGUGGACACUGGGCCAGGUCACCUGCGACCUGUUCAUCGCCCUGGACGUGCUGUGUUGCACCUCAUCCAUCCUGCACCUGUGCGCCAUCGCGCUGGACAGGUACUGGGCCAUCACGGACCCCAUCGACUACGUGAACAAGAGGACGCCCCGGCGCGCCGCUGCGCUCAUCUCGCUCACUUGGCUUAUUGGCUUCCUCAUCUCUAUCCCGCCCAUGCUGGGCUGGCGCACCCCGGAAGACCGCUCGGACCCCGACGCAUGCACCAUUAGCAAGGACCACGGCUACACUAUUUACUCCACUUUCGGAGCUUUCUACAUCCCGCUGCUGCUCAUGCUGGUUCUCUAUGGGCGCAUAUUCCGAGCUGCGCGCUUCCGCAUCCGCAAGACGGUCAAAAAGGUGGAGAAGACCGGAGCCGACACCCGUCAUGGAGCAUCUCCCACCCCGCAGCCCAAGAAGAGCGUGAAUGGAGAGUCGGGGGGCAGGAACUGGAGGCUGGGCGUGGAGAGCAAGGCAGGGGGUGCUCUGUGCGCCAAUGGCGCGGUGAGGCAAGGCGACGAUGGCGCCGCCCUAGAGGUGAUCGAGGUGCACCGAGUGGGCAACUCCAAAGAGCACUUGCCUCUGCCCAGCGAGGCUGGUUCUACCCCUUGUGCCUCCGCCUCUUUCGAGAGGAAAAAUGAGCGCAACGCCGAUGCCAAGCGCAAGAUGGCCCUGGCCCGAGAGAGGAAGACAGUGAAGACGCUGGGCAUCAUCAUGGGCACCUUCAUCCUCUGCUGGCUUCCUUUCUUCAUCGUGGCUCUUGUUCUGCCCUUCUGCGAGAGCAGCUGCCACAUGCCAACGCUGUUGGGCGCCAUAAUCAAUUGGCUGGGUUACUCCAACUCUCUGCUUAAUCCGGUCAUUUACGCAUACUUCAACAAGGACUUUCAAAACGCGUUUAAGAAGAUCAUUAAGUGUAAGUUCUGCCGCCAGUGAUGACGGAGGAGUAGCCGGCCAGUCGGGGCUACAGGAUCUGCCCCAUUCACUAUGCUUCCCCCAACCCUAGGGAAUCAACACUUAAGAUAAUUUGCCACUUCUUCUCUGUCUCUCUGCUCCGCCCGCGGCUUGCGGACCUGGUCCCCUCCCCACUUCCCGCUCCAGCGCAGGGCGCUUUGUGCAAAGG